GCCAUUUCCCAUCUCUCCAAUGGCUCCCCGGGAUGUUUUCCUGCUUCCAGAAGAGAAGGAGAAAAAGCUCUGUAUUGGAAUGAAACUGCAGGAGGAAUAGCAGGAGCACUGGCAGAUGAAGAGAAUAUACUCCUACAGAAUAACAGAAGUAGCAGUAAGAAUAACAACCCAAGCAAUGAAAUCCAGAAAGAAAUCACACUGCCUUCAAGACUGGUCUAUUAUAUCAACAGAGACUUUGAAAGCCCUUACCAUAUCCUGGACACUAGGGCAAGGCACCAGCAGAAACACAAUAAGGCUGUGCAUCUGGCCCAGGCAAGUUUCCAGAUUGAAGCCUUUGGUUCCAUAUUCAUCCUUGACCUCACAUUGAAUAAUGAUUUGUUAUCCUCAGAUUAUGUGGAGAUUCACUAUGAAGAUGGAAAACCACAAUUUUCUAAGGGUGGAGAGCACUGCUACUACCAUGGGUACAUCAGAGGUGUCCAGAACUCCAGGGCUGCCCUUUCAACAUGUAAUGGACUUAAUGGCAUGUUUGAAGAUAGCACCUAUGUUUACUUCAUAGAACCAAUGGAUCUGACCCACAGUGCAAAAAGCACAGGCAGGCCACAUGUCAUCCAGAGGACUUUAGGAACACAAACUUCAAAGCAGAUGAAGAAUGUUGAGGCAGAAUCAAAUUCUGAGUGGUCCUUCCUGUCUGAGUUACAGUGGCUGAGGAAAAGGAGAAGAAAGAGGGCUGUGAGUGCAUCUCGUGGUAUAUUUGAAGAAAUGAAAUAUCUGGAGCUCAUGAUUGUCAAUGACCAUAAAAUGUUCAAAAAACAUCGUUCUUCCCAUGUUUAUACAAACAACUUUGCAAAGUCCGUGGUUAACCUUGUAGAUGCCAUAUACAAGGAACAGCUGAAUACCAGGGUGGUUUUGGUUGCUGUGGAAACCUGGACAGACAGAGAUCGUAUUAACAUUCGCCCUGACCCUCUGCAGAUGCUUCAUGACUUCUCCAAAUAUCGACAGUACUACAUCAAACAGCAUACUGAUGCUGUACAUCUGCUCUCGAAUGUGACAUUCCACUACAAGAGGAGCAGCUUGAGUUACUUUGGAGGGGUUUGUUCCAUGACCAGAGGAGUUGGAGUGAAUGAGUAUGCCCUUCCAUUGGCUAUGGCACAAGAAUUAUCACAAAGUUUGGCUCAGAACCUUGGAAUACAGUGGGAGCCAGCAACCAGAAAACCAAAAUGUGACUGCACAGAAUACUGGGGUGGCUGCAUCAUGGAAGAAACAGGGGUUUACCACCCCAGAAAAUUUUCAAGAUGCAGCAUAGCAGAAUACAAAGAAUUUUUACUCAGAGGGGGAGGUGCUUGUCUUUUCAACAGGCCAACAAAGUUGUUUGAAACUCCUGAAUGUGGAAAUGGAUAUGUAGAAGCAGGAGAAGAAUGUGAUUGUGGUUUCCGAAUGGAAUGCUAUGAAAAUUGCUGUAAGAAGUGCUCUCUCUCAAAUGGAGCUCACUGUAGUGAUGGACCCUGCUGUAAUACAUCCUGCCUUUUUUUCCCACGAGGUUAUGACUGUCGGUAUGCAGUGAACGAGUGUGAUAUUACAGAAUACUGUACUGGUGACUCUGGUCAGUGCCCACCAAAUCUUCAUAAACAAGAUGGAUAUGCUUGUGAUGCUAAUCAGGGACGUUGCUAUAAUGGAGAAUGCAAGACAAGAGACAAUCAAUGCAAAUACAUUUGGGGAAUUAAGGCUACAGGGUCUGACAAAUUCUGUUAUGAGAAGCUUAAUACAGAAGGCACAAAAAAGGGAAACUGUGGAAAGGAUGGAGACCGAUGGAUUCAGUGUAGUAAACAUGAUGUGUUCUGUGGCUUUUUACUCUGCGCUAAUCUUACUAGAGUUCCACGAAUUGGUCAUCUUCAGGGAGAAAUUACCCCAACCUCUUUUUACCACCAGGGACGUGUGGUGGACUGUAGUGGUGCUCAUGUGCUUUUAGACGAUGAUACAGAUUUAGGGUACGUGGAAGAUGGAGCGCCAUGUGGCCCUCACAUGAUGUGUCUAGACAGGAAGUGCCUACCCAUACAAUCCUUGAACAUAAGCAACUGCCCUAUUGGUUCUAAUGGAAAAGUCUGUUCAGAUCAUGGGGUCUGUAGUAAUGAAGCCACUUGCAUUUGUAACUUCUCCUGGGCAGGGACAGACUGCAGUAUUGAUGACCCUAUCAGGGAAUCUCCCAACAAGAAGGAUGAAGGACCUAAGGGUCCUAGUGCCACCAAUCUUAUAAUAGGUUCCAUCGCUGGUGCCAUCCUGGUAGCAGCUAUUGUCCUUGGGGGGACAGGAUGGGGCUUUAAGUAAGCAAUGCCGCAUGUCUUCUCUUCAGUGGCUAUGGCAUUUCUAUUCUCUGCUUACAACACUAAGUUUUGAGUUCCUGCUACAAGACUGAAAGUGAAAAAUACUGCUUCAAAUAAAUAGUUACACUAGCACUGAAAAAGAGGGAAAAUGUUUAAAAAAAAAAAAAACCACAGAUGUCACCAGGGUGCAAAGUUGGAGAAUAUGUGAAUUAACCUUCAUAAGAUCAUGGAAAACAACCCCAAAAGUAGAAAAAAUAAAUAAUUUUCUUCCCAUGAAGCAGGUCAAGCCAUUUCCCUAUAUUAGUAUUAUUUUUGGUAUGCUUUGCAGAGUGAAAUAUAGUGGUAGGAAAUCAAAAGGUACAGUAUGAAAAGUAAAUUAACAUGAAAUAGUGUACAGGAGUGCUUGAAAACUGACACAGUGUGUCUGAUUACAAAUGGCUAACCUCAUAUGAAGUUUACUAUAGAAUUAGUUGAGUUUUUUGACUAAAUAUCUUUCUGUCAUAAAGACUGAUUCUUUGAAAUAGAAACCUUUCAUGGGAAAUGGGCAAUUUUGAGAAAUUUCCCAUUUUGAAAAAUGUUGAGGAAACCAGUGUUUGAUCAUUUCAAAAUAAAAAAGUUAUAUUUAAAAUUGAGUUAAUGUAUAGAUUAAGAAAAGAUAUAAAUUAAAAUAAAACAUUUACAAAUUAUCAAAGAAUUUGAAUAAUCCAAACUGAUUUUUUUUUCAGAUUAUAAGGUCAUGAACAUUUUCAAGAUUUUGACCUUUUGUCCAUGGGAUGGGAUUUUUUUUGCAAAAUCUCUGAAUUUUUUCUGAGACAAGAAACCUGAUUCCUGCCCACCUAUUACCAUUAAUUGACAUGAGCAAGUUAAUUCCGGGUAUAACUCCCAUUGACUGAAAUGGAAUUGUAUUUUGAGUGAUUUUGGAUUAUUAUAUGUGUGAUAUGAUAUAAAAUCAUGCUUUUCCUUGUGUUGUCCAUAUCAAAUUAGCACACUAAGGUUUAAAUUUGAACUAGUGUAAAUCUUCAAAGUUCCACUGACUUCUGUGGAGUUAGAUUGACUUAUACCAGAUGAGGAUCUCUCCCAAGGUGAUUAGCCCCAGCAAAGAUGGUGAUAAUACUCCCCAUUGUUGCAGUAAGAAAAGACAACUAAGGUUGUGGCUGCUUUUUUGUGCAUCCAUGCAUGACAACAGCUAUUGACUAUUAAUUGUGGGGUUGAGUAAAGAUUACCUAAAAUGUACAAAUUUAAAAAACGCCUGUUAAGAUCUUAAAUCUUCAACAAUGGGUAGUCAUAAAAAUUACAUGUGUAUUUAGAUAUAGAGUAUUUAGAAAUAAUUUCCUUUCUUGCAUAAUAGCCAAUACGAGAUUUCAGGAUUGUUAAUUUCUCCAGCAAAAGCCUACUACAGCAAAUAAUCUAAAGCUUUAUAAAAAUACAUGUGUGUAGUUUUCAGCAUUCUCUUUUAGGAGAAAUAUAACCCUCAAACCUUAGUAGGUUAGAAAAAAAAUCUGUUUACUUUUUAAAACCUAUUAAUUUCUCAUGUUAAUGCUACACAUUCACAUUCAGUUGGGGCAAGUCUUGCCUCAAUCUCUGUGGGUGCUAAAAGCUCUUUUUAGGCAUAGUGGUUGUUAGGAUUGUAGAGUGCAGUUCCAUGGGAGGAGCUUAUGUGCCCAUGGAGAGAGUACAGCUGUAUGUUAACUAGGCUGGAGUCUGAAAAAGCUACUCCCAAAUAGUAAACUGGAGAAGCAGAGGCAGAGUAGACGCAAUCUGGAUGAAGAAUGCAUCCCCGCUUUUGCCAUUGUACACAAAUGCUCAGUUAAGUUGUUCGGACUAGGAGCAUUAGGCAACCAAUAAUCAAUGAAGUUCUUAAAUAGUUUUCUGAAUUUAUUGAUUUCAUAUUUUUUUUAAAAAGCACUUCAGGUUAGCUAUAGAAAGAAUUAGAUAGCUAGGGAAAUAUUGUUUUGCAUGCUCAAAAAGUACAAAAGAGGUGAUAUCCAAUUUGUGAUUUUUAAAAUUAUUUUCCUAAUCUCUCAUUCACAAUUUUCUCAGGAGUGGUAUAUGAAACCCUCCAGAACUAGGGUGGUAUGAUAGCAGCUCAAAACUAAAUGAUUUCAAAAGGAAGAAAAGGGUAGUUAAAAAUACUUGAUUCUGUCCAUGCUUUAAACAUAAGCAAAAUGUCUAUAAUUCUCUUUUUUACCAAACUGGCAAUCUAUUAGGGUAUGUCUACACUCGUACCCUCUUUCAAGAGAGGGAUGCAAAUGA